AUGCCGACUCAAACACUCUCCCGUUCGCCACCAUCCCACCAUCCCCGCGCCAUGGCCACAGGCAAAUCGCCAUCAAAGAUCCCCAUCGCCUACCCAGCGCCCUACAAACACGUCACAUCAACCACCACUCCCCGAAUGGGCGGAUCAAGCGCCAACACCUCCGCCGUACCAUCACUAAUGUCCGACAACGGCAGCAGCGGCAGAGGCGGAAGCUGCGACGGCGGAAUGUCUGAUGUCGAUUUGCUCGACAUGCUGGAUAUCAACCUCAGCCACAAGAUCAACCCGGAGCCGUUGGAUCGGGGGAUGGUCAGGCAGGCCCAGGCAUCUGGCGAGUUGCGCGCCAAAAAGGCCGAACUUGAGGAGUUGCGAGCGACUGCUCAACGGCGAUUGAAAGGCGCAAGGGCCAAUUUCGCAGAGGGCGCAAAGGCUGCGAAGGAGGUGAAGAGGGAUUUGGAAUGGACACAGAAGAAAGUCAAGUGA